GAACACCCUGUAUACCUGCACUAUACCAACUAUAACCCGCGACAACAUUCGUGCACUUUCGUAUAUCCGUUACCCGAUUGUGUACGUCCCAUUAUGUCGAAAAAAAUUACGUGAAUGAUUAAAAUAUCCAACGGAAUAAAAAACAGUUAAAUAUUUGAACAAAAAUAGUUUAAAUAUAAAUGAGUUGCGUACUUUACGUCUGUAGAACGGUGAUCCAUUCUGUACAUCUUUAGCCAUGCAGAGAAAUUGGAGAGAGAGAAGAUGACACGCGAUCAGAUCAAGAUUUGUAAAUAUUUAUGACGAUGAUCGGUCGCAGGCAGUACGAAAAGUGCAUAGUCUCCUUCUGAGUAAUUUAUGAAGAAUUACGUGCGAAAAUGGCGAUCUGUGUUUCGAAGAAAUGUUCGCAUCGAAUGACAGGAAUUUUACGAGUAUAGUGUUUCGUGGUACUCGGAAGAAAAUGAAAUCCUAAUGCGAGAGAAAUUUAAUUAGGAGCUUCUGUUUCGACCAGUGCGCGAAUGUAGAGUGUGAAAUGUUUUUCGUUUAUAUUUUUUACAAGGAAUACACGUAAAGGGUUAUCGUGAUAAUUAAUUCGGCUGUUUUCUCAUUUACUAAAUACAAUGGAACCUGAAAAUUCUGUCAUCCUGGAAUCAUGUGGAGAGGAUUCGAUUUUGAUCCAAUCUGUGAAAAACAUAGUUACAGAGAAUACAAGUGUGGAAUUAGAAAGCGAGGAAGAAUUUUUUGUAAUCGCAGAUGUUCAAAAUAAAGAUGAAACUGUAAUAGAAGCUUCUAAUGAAAAGUCAAUUUUAACUCAGUCUGAAGAACGAUUUUCAUGGUCCAAUCUAUGUAGAGUAUGUGCUAAUAUCAAUCAUCAUUUAAUCCCAAUAUUUGAAGGAGAAGGUUUGCAACAUGACUUAUGCAGUAAAAUACACAAGUAUUUGCCUAUACAUGUAUCUGAAACAGAUACACUUCCGCUACAAUUAUGUUAUCAUUGUGCUGCAACAUUAUUAGCAUGGCAUGAGCUUUUAGAAGGAUGCCUAAAUGCAGAAAGACGGUUGUUAGAAAUACAAAAUGCCUUACAAGAAAAACAGAGUUCAGAAGGGUUAGAAGUUUCCAUGCAAGAUACCUCGGUGUACAAUGUAGCAGAAUCUCUUCCUCAACAACAAGAAACCAUAAAGGGCGAAGAUUGUGGGGAGUCGACUGUUAACAAUUCAGACAGGUUUGGUCAACCUCAGAAGAGAUCCUUCGCGGCAUACUGUUCGUGGCAUGCGACAACGAUGUGUGCGAAUAAUAUUAUUGAAACUAACAAAUGUACAGUUCCUAAAAAAUUCGAUGAAACUAACACAGAAGAAAGCAUAAAAAGGAAAAGUAACGACUACACCCUGAACAUUUCUAACAAUUCCAAUUGGACAGAUUUUAGCACAGAUACAAUAUCAUGUCCUAAAGAUUGCUCGAACGAGACGGUAUCAUUACCAAAAGAACAAUACGUGUGCGAAAGGUGUCAGCGUUGCUUUAAGAGAGAAUGCCACCUAGCGCGGCACACGUCCAAAUGUAAAAGUGAAACAAGAACCAGCGUCGAGACAAAAAAUACGAAUUCAACCGAUGAAAGUAUAUCCAAACAAUCGUAUGAGAAAGAGAAAAAUUGGAAAUUAUACCAGAAGCGUAAAAGGAACCGACACGAAACGCAUCCCUGCGUGUACUGCGAUUACACGUCCAAAAAGAAGAAGUUACUCGAAGUACACUUAAUGGAAUCGCAUUCAGAAUUCCUAGAGAAGAAAGACAAGAAGCUGAGAUGCGUCGAUCGAGAGCUGGUGAUGCGUGCCAAGACAGAGAUCGAUGGAAAAGUCUAUUAUCAUUGCAACCAGUGCGGUAAAAACUUAUUUUCACCGUACACAUUCUUCUGGCAUGUACGAAUACACACCGGAGAACGGCCUUACACUUGUCACCUGUGUGGCAAACAGUUUCGGGUGAACCAGGGCCUAGCGAGGCACUUACGCGAUACUCACGCCGGCAUAAAGAAUUUCCCCUGCGACAUUUGCGGUCGAAUGUUCACCACGAAGCGCAACGCGGAGGAUCACCGACGUAUACACACGGGCGAGCGACCAUACGUUUGCAACGUUUGCGGGAAGUCCUUUAAGCAGAAAGCUUCUCUGUUCGUGCACAAUCGCACCCACUCGGAUGUAUUCCCUUUCAAGUGUAACUAUUGCGAGCAGAGCUUCCGCACGAGACCCUCGCUCGCCGUCCAUAUAACUAAGCACACGGGCGAGAAGCCGCACGCGUGCGACAUAUGCGGCCGUUGCUUCCGCAUCAAAUACGAGCUGAAGCGGCAUCGAUUGAUACACUUCGACGAGAAACCGUGGCAAUGCACCGAAUGCGAUCUCUCGUUUCGUCAAAAGCGCUAUCUAAUCAACCAUAAGAGACUCAAUCAUGAAACAAAUUCAUUCACGGUUACCGUGAAAUAAAGGAGAAAACUUUCUGUAUUUCACUCUCUUUUCAAUGUUAAUUUCGAGGUAGAAUUGAAAGAAAAUGUAGGACCUGCUCUGGAGAAUUGUAUGAUAUGUAUCUAAAGAACAAAUUUUCCUGGCUGAAUAAUAACUGUAACCUCCUAGAUCUGAGAUCUAAUUAAACAGAAGGCAUCUCUGCACGUUCACUUUCCCCACGAAUGUUAAAAGGAACCAAGAGUUAGAUAAGCACAUUGUUGUUCGUACCAACCAGAAACUACUGUAGGAACGUCUGUGGCUGUAUCAGUCGUGGUAACCGUGUCCAUAAUCGCGAAAGGUCGCUUCGCGACGCGAGACUCGCCCAAGGACGUUGUCUGAAGAGCCACAGCAAGAAUUCGC